AUGGAUAUUAUAUUUCAAUUGAUGGAACUCUCACGGGAGUAGCUAUAAACUCCAUAUGUUCGCUUGUCACUAAUAUAUUUGAUCUCUGUAAAGACUAACCUUUGGUGAGCAGAUUGCAUAUUACUCGAGCAAGAUCAGCUGUGUCGGUGACGUUGAGGUGAAACAUGACAUGUUCCUUUCAACUCUUGUCGUGGAGGUCAAGAAAAGAAAGAAUGCUGCCGGGGAUUCUUGCAGCCACAGAGGUGACAAACCAGCAAAAGCAGCAGCGAGAAGGUGAACGAUGUGCUGCUUCAUGUGUACUUUGAUGCCGAUGCUGCCACUGUAGCUCGACUCCCCCUCUUCCUCCUUCAAAUUUCAAACGCCAGCGCUCCAAGCCAUCCCCACCACCUCUCUCUCUCUCUCUCUCUCUCUCUCUCUCUCUCUCUCUCUCUCUCUUCCCCAUGAUGAUGAUCGCAGGUGAUGGAGACAGGACGCUGCUUCCUCCUUUUAUAAGCCCAAGAGCUUCUUCCCUCAGCUCGGAUCACUGCCUUCGCCCACAGCUAGCCCAAGGUCCAUGGCGGGGUUGGAGGUGAGAGUUCGGAACCUGGACUGCGAGGGCUGCUCCUCCAAGAUCCGACGAGCUCUACUCAAGCUCAAAGGGGUGAAGGAGGUGGACAUCGACGUGGAGUCGCAGAAGAUAACGGUGAGGGGAUACGCCGUGCACGAGAAGAAGGUGAUCAAGGCGAUUCGGAGCAUCGGGAAGACGGCGGAGCCAUGGCCGUACCCGCGGGGACACUCCCACUUGUCCUCCUUCUACACCUACCCGGCGGGCAUAGCGUCUUCGUACUACUCCGAGACGCCCGGCUGCGACGCUGCGGAGGUGCAAGCGUUCUUCCACACUCCGGCCGUGUACUCGGUGGCCGUGGCGUCCGAUGAGACCGUGGCGUCGCUGUUCAGCGACGAGAACCCGAAUGCUUGCACUGUUAUGUAGAUUAGGCUCUGCUUACUGCAAAUCCAGCUUGUUUUCCAUCUCUAAGCUUUCUUCUUCUUCGGCGGGCAAUGGCAGGGAGAGACUGUCUCUGAUAUGUUGUUUUUGAUGGUAUCCAUAGCAAAGGUUGAGACAUCUGACCGGUUGCAGAUCUUUCCGGAUUCAUGUUAAGUAAACAACACAACACAAUGUGAGAUGUCA